CACCCCAACACCCACUACUUCCCUACUAAUAUAAAUAUGUGGAAUACAAACUUUUUUGGAAGCUCCAACAAAAUACAUUCUGCAGACUGGAUUACAUAUAACAUCCUCAAUGAUAUGGCUGUUUCUACCACUUGCAAACUUAUCAUCCUAGGGCUCAGCUUAUUAAUAACAGCUUUUCCAGUAGAAAGUCAGCCAUCAAUACCACCCUCUUGGCUUGAGACUCUCCAAGAACUACUUAAUAUACUACAAAAUGCGGGCAUUCAAACAAGUAGUACCACAGCACCACCAACCACUACCACAACUGGUCAUUCGACUACAAAGAUCAGUAGUAGUCCAACAGUUGCUGGCACCAACACACAGACAUCUUCCUUGACCAAAACCAGCACUCGAUCCACAGCAGUCAGUAUUCCAGUGUCAUCAUCAACUAAACCAGUAUCAAAUAUAUUUCCAUUAGUGUCCAGUGCACCCACUAAACCAGCCUCUACUACUCUUCCACAGCACUCUAGUAAACCAGUAUUCACAUCUAGUUUUACUACAAACACUUUAGGGUCAACCACAAAACUAAUAUCUACUAGUCAUCCUUGGUCUCCCAGUAAAGCAUCGAGCACCAUGACACACACUUCAUUGUCAACCACUAAACCAAGAUCUACCAGUAUCUUUUUCUCAACCAUUAAGUCAACUACCGCACUGGUGUCUACUAAUAAACCAGUGACUUCCAUUACCUCUGGGGUUAAUGUCAUAUCAUCCACUAGUAAACCAGCUUUUUCAUCCACUUAUGCAAGUAAAGCAACUUCUCUUAGCACUUUAACAUCAACAGUUAGUAGUAACAUUUUAACAUCUCCCCAAUCUACUGUGGUUACUACGACACCUCCAACUAAAUUCAGUCCUACAUUAAAUGCCAUUACUCAAACCAGUACUACUGUGACAUCAAAUAGUGGGUCCAGCAACACAUCUGUUACAGGUCCAAAUCCUACCAAGGUUUCACCAAAUGGCUCUGGACUCCCCGAGUUGCACAUUAUCCUCUUGUCACUGUCAUGGAUUUUGAUGACCGUUUGCUAACACCAUUCUCAUUCAGCUGUCCAGAUCAGUAGAGUGAACUGACUCGCCUUGGUUAAAUCUUCUAUUUGUGACUCUGAAAAAAAAUGUUUUAUGAUUAUACAUAUGUAACCAUGAAAAUAAAUUGUAUUUGUUAUUUGUCGUUA